AUGGAAUCAGCAGCAAUUAAGAAGCCCUGUAUUAAAUGUAAUAAAGGUGGAGGAAUUAUUACAUGUGGUGGUUGUCAACAAUGGUUCUGUACUAGACAUCUGCUUGAACAUCGAGAAGAACUAUCCGUACUGAUGGAUCAAGUCAGUCAAGAACAUGAUCUUCUGCAAUGUGAUCUGAUUUCAGAUAAAGGCAUACAUCCACUUGUAACUCUCAUUAACACAUGGGAAAAAACUUCAAUCGAAAAUAUUCGAGUCGCUGCACAAGAUGCUCGACAUGAUCUACAGAAAUAUCUUGAUUGUACCAAGAUUCGAGUGAAGACAUCACUCUUAUCAAUAAAUAAAGAAUUACAAGCCAGCAGUGAAUCUGAUGAUUAUACAGAGUUAGAUUUGACCAAAUGGAUGCAACAAUUAACAGAACUUCGAGAGAUGCUGGAGAAACUAUCCGCUAUCGAUUUUAUUGAUGAUGAUCAGACACAGCCUUUGAUUCAUCAAAUUCAAAUGAAACAACGUGAGGCAACACACACACUAGUUAGAAGAUCGGAAAAAACUCUCGUUCGAACAAAUGCAACGGACUAUGGCAAUCACAGUAUCGUAGAAUGGAAAUGUAAUGCAACAAGUGGAAAAGUGGUGGCUGGCGGCAAUGGGCCAGGAAAUGGAACUAAUCGAUUGAAUAAUCCAACCGACGUGAUUGUUGACAAUGAGACAGAUAGUCUUAUCAUUUGUGAUAAGGGAAAUCGGCGAAUCAUGCAAUGGUUUCGUCGUAGUGGCACAAGUGGACAACCAAUUAUCGAGAAUAUUCACUGCACCAGAUUGGCGAUGGAUGACCAGAGGUUUCUGUAUGUCACUGACAAUAAAGAGAAUGCAGUUCUACGAUAUCGAAUCGGAGAAAAACAUGGGCAAGUUGUAGCAGGUGGCAAUGGACGUGGUGAUAGUCUAAAUCAACUGAAUAGUCCUACAGGCAUCUUUGUAGAUCAAGACUAUUCUGUGUACAUAUCGGACUGGGGAAAUAAUCGUGUGAUAAAAUGGGUGAAUGGUGCUAAAGAAGGGAUUGUCGUAGCUGGCGGUCAAAACGAAGGCAAUGAUAUAGCACGAUUGUCUCGUCCACAGGGAUUAAUUGUUGAUGCAUCAGGCACAGUCUAUGUGGCAGAUGGAUGGAAUAAUCGAAUAAUGCGCUGGUGUAAAGGAGCUAAAGAAGGAAACAUCAUUGCUGGUGGAAAUGGUCGAGGAGAUAAGGCAAACCAGUUUUAUGAUGUCAUGGGUUUGUCAUUUGAUCGAGAUGGGAAUAUCUAUGUUGUCGAUCAAAAGAAUUAUCGAAUACAAAGAUUCAAUAUUAGAAUAAAUCGAUCUUAA